AUGCUUUUCAAGACCGUCGCCGCCACUGCUCUUGCUGCUGCUUCCCUCGCCGUCUCGGCCGUCGCUGCUCCCGCCAAGGGCAAGUACUUUGACAAGUUCAUCUUUGUCAUCCUUGAGAACAACGACUACCCCGAUGUCAUGAAGGACCCCUACUUCGCCUCCCUGGCUGCCCGCGGUCUCCUCAUGACCAACUACCACGGCACCGUCCACCCCUCCCAGCCCAACUACUGGUCCACCGUUGGCCAGUCCACCUACCGUGAUCUGAUCGACCCCGCCACCAACACCAUCAUCAACGGUGACAACGGUGACGACUCCUUCAACAUCACCGGCCGUACCAACAUUGCCGAUUCUCUCGAGAACGCUGGCUACACCUGGAAGAUCUACUCCGAGAACUACCCCGGCAACUGCUUCACCGGCCACGGCGCCGGUGACGAGCUCUUCCCCAACGGCACCGUCAAGACCCCCAACCGCCUCUACCAGCGCAAGCACAACCCCUUCAUCUCCUACAUGCAGAUCCAGACCAACGCCACCCGCUGCAAGAACCUGGUCUCUGAGACCGAGUGGGCUGCCGAUCUCACCGCCGGUACCCUCCCCGACUACUCGUACUACGUUCCCAACCAGAUGAACGAUGCCCACGACAGCACCAUCGCUUACGCCUCCAACUGGCUCCAGGGCUUCAUUGAGCCCGUCCUCAACAACUCUGCCCUCAACGCCGUCCGCACUCUCAUCCACAUCGUCUACGACGAGGACGAGACCGCCUACAACCUGUACUACAGCACCAACCCCCCCGGCCAGCUCGCCAACUGCACUGACCUUGUCAACAACUGCCCCGGCGAUGCCAACAACAACCGUGUCUACUCUCUCCUCCUCGGCUCUGCUGUUUCCUGCCAGGUCAACUCCACCGACAACACCCUCUUUGACCACAACUCCAUCGUCUCCACCAUCGAGGACAACUGGGGUCUCUCUCCCAUGACCCCCUACCAGUCCUGGCCCCUCUUCCCCCUCAAGGACUGCUCUACUCCCUACAAGUGUGUCCCCAAGUACUAAAUGGUACUCCUAGAUAGAUUCUUUCCUGCCCACCACAUCCACCUACCACUUCCACUUUGAAUCGCUCUUUGUUUGAUACAGUAUUGUAAUCACUGUGCCAUAUUGUCUCUGC